CAAGUUAAAAAUGGUGUUAAAACUGGCUCAUCUUAUAUCAUCAUCGGUCGUUUGCUCUCCAAUAGCAGAGGCCCGAACAUGGCAGUUUGCGGCCCGUCCCAGGUCCGUCGCAAAGUCGCUUCAAUGGGUCGUGGUGUACUCUAGGUACCAUCUUCAAGUUACGGAGAUAGCGCGACGCCAACACGUACGGAGUAGAGCAUAUAAGAAUCUAUAUAUGAUUCACCGUGACCGCUGUCUAGGCCGGCUGACCCGCCCUCAGGCGAGGACUCAGGAGGCUCCAGGCCGCUCAAGAAUGGGUGUGGAUUAUGUUGAGCGCACCUCAAAAUCACCCGCCUUCGAUCCCCAUUUGCCAAAUCUCGCUAUCAAUUCAUUCUUAGUAAGGCGCACCGCGGGACCUGCUUGGAAGCUGACUUUUGUCUCUCCCGAGUCACACAGCCACUGCCUCAGUGUUCGUCACGGCCUGCCCCCAUGCCUAGUCGCUCCUGCCCUGCUAGCUUACCCGGCAAUAAAUCAUUGCAACAUCUUUUCAAGUUGCCACAGUCACACUGUUAAAAAUCAAUGCCGAAUCGUAACAAUUCCGCGCUUGGCACUUUCUCCCGUUUGGGUGGACAUGAGGGCCAAUUUCUAUGCCAAACCGACAUGAAAAAGAGAGGAACAGGCAGGACUUAUUACUAUUAGGACGUCAAUUCAAUUGUCAUAUAGA